UAUCAUGUCGAAGGAUAGCGGUCAGAUGUGGACCUUUUUACCGCUGCUGCUGCUCGCGCUGCUACGACCAUGUACAGCUCAGGCGUCGUUGACUCGGACGCCAAUGGUCUGUCCUACCAGCCCAGCAAAAGAGCAGUGCAACUCGUCUACAGAUGGUGACGUUUACAAAUACAACGCAAAGACUCUGAACGGGAGUCACAAUGUGAGCUUCAGCGACUACAAAGGCAUGAGUGUCCUUUUCAUCAAUGUGGCUACAUACUGAGGAUUCACCUUCCAGUAUGUGGAACUGAAUGCACUACAUGAUGAGAUGAAACCACUUGGACUCACUAUUCUUGGCUUUCCUUGUAACCAGUUUGGGAAGCAAGAACCUGGACAAAAACAUGAAAUCCUGCCAGCUUUGAAAUAUGUCCGACCAGGCAACGAAUUUGUUCCAAACUUCCUGCUGUUUGAGAAAGGUGAUGUGAAUGGACAGUAUGAGCAAGAGGUUUUCACAUUCCUGAAGAACUCGUGCCCUCCAGUCGGGGAAGACUUCGGGCCGACCACAGACCGAUUGUUCUGGCAGCCUCUGAAGAUCCGUGACAUCAAGUGGAAUUUUGAGAAGUUCCUGGUUGGGCCAGAUGGGAAGCCUGUGAUGCGGUGGCACCCAUCGGUCAACAUUUCUGUGGUCCGAGCUGACGUUCACAAAUACCUGCUCCAACGUUACACACAGAAGCUCUUCAAUUAGAUCCAUGGUCAGAAUUAUCUGUAUGAGAUGUAUUUGUAUGUAGAAUGUAAAUGUUAACUGUUCCUGAUGUAUAAAGAGGUCAUGAUUAAUGAAGAGGAGGCUUGAAACCAGUAACUCUGUGGGGCCUCUUUGGAGUCAUGGGCUCAGGUUAGCUUUUCAGUGCAUUCAGGCUGCCCUGAAAGCCCACAGCAUCAUGGCGUCUUUUUCUCCAGGACCUGUUAACCAUUACAGUUGGCAUGGCAAUUACUUUAAAUAAAUCAUGAACAUGC